ACAGCAACGAAGGCCCAACACGGCCAAAAAUAAAUAAAAACAAAAACAUGAGGAAGGUCCGCCCAGAUUCCUCGCCAUACCCGAUGGGCCUUUACCCCCUCCCCAAAGCCUUGGUGUGCUUGGCUCUGCCACUGUCCCUGCUGUUGGUGCCUGCAUCUGGUGUCAGAUCCUUCGGGUCUUCAGUGGGCUGGCUCCACCUCCUGGUGCAGAAAUCCAAAAAGUCUUACAAGUUCCGGUUCUGUAGGAGGCACACGAUGCCAGCAUCUGCUCAGAGGAAGCUGCUAAGUAGCCGUUGCCUGUCUGAGAAGGGCCAUCACAUCUCCGUCCCCUCCCCAGACACCUCCCACAAGGGGCUGCGUUCCAAAAGAACCCAACCUGCAGAUCCAGAGAAAGGGGACGUUCUCUCCAAACGUGGCUCACAAAGGCUUGGAGGGCCUGAGUUCUCCUUUGACUUGCUGCCUGAGGCACGGGUUAUUCAAGUGACCGUUCCUCCAGGCCCUGAGGUCAGUGUGCGUCUUUGCCACCAGUGGGCACUGGAGUGUGAGGAGCUGAGCCGUCCCUUUGAUGCCCAGAAAAUUGUGUCUGGGGGCUGCACUGUAGACCUGCCUUAUGAAUUCCUUCUGCCCUGUCUGUGCAUCGAGGUGAGCAGAGGAAAAGAGGACACCGUGAGGCACAAAAAAUGUCCCUUCCAGAGCUGGCUGAGCCUGUAUGGCUUGGACUUCUGGGAGUCGGUGAACUUUACUGACCACAGCCAGCACAGUCAGAUGAUCAUGGCCCUGACACUCCGCUGCCCACUGAAGCUGGACGCCUCCCUCUGCCAGAGGCGGGGCUGGCAUACCCUUUGCGAAGACGUCCCCAAUGCCACGGCUCGAGAGUCAGAGGGGUGGUAUGUCUUGGAGAAGGUGGACUUGCACCCCCAGCUCUGCUUCAAGUUCUCUUUUGGAAACAGCAGCCACGUUGAAUGCCCCCACCAGACAUUCGCUCCAUCCUGGAACGUGAGCAUGGAUACCCAGGCCCAGCAGCUGGUCCUUCACUUCUCCUCAAGGAUGCCCGCCACCUUCAGUGCUGCCUGGAGCCACUCAGGCUUGGGGCAGGACAGCAUGGUGCCCCCUGUGUACAGCGUCAGCCAGCAGUUCAGAUCUGGGAACGAUCAGCGGGAUCUGGGAAUGAAGCGUGGGAAGGCUUCUUGUCAGGGGUGGCACUUGGCCCUAAGCCUGGACUCAGUGCUCAAGCUCAGUGACACUAGACUCAUCGUUCCCUUCCUGAGGCCAGGGGGCUGUGGUCCUGGUUCUGUGCCCAGCCAGAGCUGGAUCAGACACAAACCCUGUGCUGGAGAAGUCCCUAUCCAGGGGGAUUCCCCUUCACUAUCCCCAUGCCUCAUUCAACUUCCCCUGGGAGGAGGGUUUACCCUGGCUUACAGGGGUUGGGGGGCUCUGUGCCCUCAGGUUUGGAGGUCAGAUGUCCCAGUUUGCCUGAAGCACCUCCUGUGUCCGGAUGUCUCUCAUAGGCUCCUGGGGCUCUUGAUCCUGGCGCUGCUGGCCUUCACUACCCUACUGGGUGUUGUUCUGGUGCUCACCUGCCAGCGCCCACUGUCAGGCCCAGGUCGAGCGCAGCCGGUACUGCUCCUGCACGUGGCGGACUCCGAGGCGCAGCGGCGCCUGGUGGGAGCGCUGGGACUGCUGCGGGCCGCGCUGGCGGCGGGGCGCGACGUGAUCGUGGACCUGUGGGAGGGCCACCGGGUGGCGCGCGUGGGCCCGCUGCCGUGGCUCUUUGGGCGGCACUGGGCGCGCGUGGCGCGGGAGCGGGGCACCGUGCUGCUGCUGUGGAGCUGCGCCAGCCCGAGCCCCGCCGGCGGCCCGGAUGCCCGCGCCGCGCCCCUGCGCGCCCUGCUCCGCGCCGCCCCGCGCCCGCUGCCGCUGCUCGCUUACUUCAGUCGCCUCUGCGCCAAAGGCGACAUUCCCCCGCCCCCGCGCGCCCUGCCCCGCUACCGCCUGCUGCAAGACCUGCCGCGCCUGCUGCGGGCGCUGGACGCGCGGACUUCGACCCAAGCCACCAGCUGGGGCCGCCUGGCGGCCCGGCGUGCCUGCGGGGGUCGCGUGGAGCUGUGCCGCCAGCUGGAACGCGAAGCCGCCAAACUUGCCGAUCAAGGCUGAGCAGAGCUCACCGCACAGUCCGAUGUCUGUGGCCGCAGGCCUAGGGGCACUGGCUGGAAGCCCCGAAUGAGGCUUCUACCCUGGAAUCGUUGGAUGCCUCCUAGGGGCCACUGGCCGCAGAGCCUUACGCUGCCUCCCAGCCCGGGAGCAGGGCAUCACACUCACUGUCCCCGCCCGUUCCCCACGUUCCGCCAGGGUCCAGUCUCUUCCUCAUGCUUAUGCUUGAGGGUGCUCUCCCUCAGAACCCCCAGGAGAGUCACUCUUUUCCUGAGAACUCCUCUGACCUCAGUGCUGUUGUGAGUCGGGGGUCGUCCCACUUCCUCUCUCCGAAAUUCCAGAGAAUAGUCUGCACGUGCUCCAGUCCAGGCCAGAGGGGUUGGGACAGGGGUUGGGGAGGCAGGAGGAGCUCUGGCAGCUCUGAGUGGGAGGGGCGGCUGCAGAGGGGGUGGGGGGACAGAAAACCCCUUUGGGAGCCAGGGAUCCCCCUUUUCCAGACCGGGACCCUGCCCAG